UGACAUGUAAGCUGAUGUCUUAUGUCUUCAAUACUACUUGCCGUUUAAACAAGCUUAAAGUUUGUCCUUAAACCCCUACUACUACCAUCAUUAUUCACUAAUGCCGUCGAAGUAAGCGAGGAGGUCCAAGCCUUGCUUGAAACGGUUUGUCCUUCAUAUAAUCUGCAUUAAUUUGGUUUAGUAUUAUGUCUGUUAAAUGAACUUAAGCUUAUUGGUUCUACUAAGUUGAGCUUUUGACAAAGUUGUGGGUUAACAUAAGAGAAGAUCUCAAAAGGCCUUAUGCUAACCUGCAUUUUGUUAAUAAUCGCUGAAUGAACAUUGUGUAUUAGACAUGUUUCUCGUUUAUGAGCUCAAGUUUUAUUAUUUCAAGGCAGAGAACUUGGCUCAAAAAUUCAGCUUUUGACUUAUUUUUUUUUUAGUUUAACAAAUUUUCGAAUGUCAACCAAUAAAUUGUUGUUUAUCCAAAUCCAAUAACCGACUACUGCCAAAAAGAAAAUAAUAAAUUUGUUAAUUCUUGAACAUCAACCCCAUGAACCAUGAUCCAUGUUAUAGUUAGUGCAUCCAACAAAGUCAGGAAAAUAUAUAUUUUUAGAUUUAUCUCCUAAACAAUUCAAACAAAUAAACCUGUUAAUUAUCCACAAGAGAUAACUUGAAAAAGUUCAUUAGAAGGAAAGGUUACAGUUUGUGUAUUUACAAUUUUAGUAAUUUUUAAGUUUCUUUUAAAACUGCAUAUCCGUCUGAAAUCUAUUAUUAUACAAACCAGAUCACUAAUACAUAAUUGAGAAUCAGACAAUAUCAAAACGUGACUGGUGAAAAAAACAAGAGACAAUUAGAGCAAAUCACUAAAAAGAAACAAAAGAAAUGAAAGAAAAAAACCGCGUACAAGCUGGCACGUUCUGUACCUGGUCAUAACAGUCACUUUUCAAUUCGUUCGGCGACAUAAACAAUCCAAAACUAAAAAAAAAAAACAUUCUUUAGUUUUUUUCUGUUUAUAUAAACAACAAAGGCAAACUGAUAUCUUUGGGAAAUUUAAUUUGGGAUACGCAAUCUAUUCAUUCAUCCUCUAAGAACCAUAAUUCAAGGGGGAAGUAAAGGGCUGAAUCAGCUUUGCUUUUGUGGGAGUUUAAGUAGCUUUUUUUUAAAAGACAGUAGAAUGGACCGAUUGGUUUCGGGGGAACAAGAUUUUGAAGUAGACAUUGAAGCUGGUCUAGCUCAUGUUACGCAAGAAUCCACUUCAGACAAUGCGUCCGAAACGAUUGAUGAUGACGUAAACUAUCCAUUAAUGGGAGACGAGGAGAACCCGACAGAAACAAACAGUCAGAGUUUAGAUGUCUCUGAGAGAAAACGCGAUGUUGUAAAGUUCAAGAAACCAAGAAAGGCUUCAAAGCCACCUAGACCUCCAAAACGCCCUUCUUUGACUGCGAGUGACCACAAGGUGAUGAGGGAAAUAGCAGAGCUCGCUAUGAGAAAGCGUGAAAGGAUUGAAAGGAUGAAAAAAUCUCUAAGAAGAAUCAAAGCAGCCAAGUCAUCAUCAUCAUCAUCAUCGUUUUCAUACAUUAGUAUCUUCUCGAUGAUAGUAACGGUUCUGUUCCUCGGUAUUCUUGUCUCUCAAGGCUUCUUUGCUGGCAAUUCGAAUCUGAGUUCAGACAUCUCGCCUGCACCAAUUGUUUCACCUGACAACCAAUUGGUUUCAGCUCAGUUAUACAAUGAUCCUAGCCCUACCACCUCAUACAGAUACACGAGGAAGCGAAUUUCGGGUGCCGAAGAAGGAGAAGACUCAAGAGAUGUUACCAGAUGAGUUGAUAUGUGUUUUGGUCUUUGAUAUCAACUCAAUCUGUUAACUCUUUUUGGUUCAAGUUUUGUUCUCUGUCUUGUCUCUUUGUAUAUUUUCUGUUGUUUUGGUGACUCGAGGUGUAAACGACCGCGUUUUAUAAUAAAUGAUGAUCUGAAAUUGAACCA